GGAGGGGGCAGUGACCCCUGAAGUGUCUGUCUGAUUAACUCUGGAGACGAGCAGUGGACUGAUCCUGGUCUAAGGGGAGAAAACUGACAGAAUAUGCUGGAUCUGAGAACAAUCGGAAAGGUGUACUUCCUCCUGCCACUUCUUCAAGCCGCAGUGUCGAAUGAGUGGAGAGCUGACAGACCAUCACAAGUGACAGCACAGAGAGGCUUGUGUGCCCGGAUUCCAUGCCACUACCGUUAUCCGUCACGUCUGGAUAAGAAGUCAAGGACUGGUAUCUGGUAUAACAGUGACAAUUCAAAAUCUGGACCUAUAGUGUUUCACUCCAGCGAUCACAGUCAGGAGAUGCAGAAGUUUCAGUCUCGGACCCGUCUGUCUGGAGACUUGAAAGACGGUGACUGUUCCCUGGUUAUCGACAAUAUCACUGAGGAAGAUAAAGGGCCGUACUUCUUCAGGAUUGAAUUUGACAGGAGGAAUCGUUACAACUAUCUCCCUGUUACGCAGCUCCGUGUUUCUGAUUUCACAGAUAAACCCACGAUAUUCGCUGCAGAACUUGUUGAAGGAAAGUCUGUGAACAUAAAAUGCGUCUUCAACACCACGUGUAAUGGAACUUCACCCACCUUAACCUGGGUCACCCCCACAGAUGUACCACCAUCAGUCUCAAGCAGUGUAACUCAGUGGCACAACACUCUGACAUAUACUUCUGUCCUGACCAUGACCCCAGCGCUCAAACACCACGGACAAAGUCUCACCUGCAGAGUCAGAUACCCAUCUGUUUCAUCGGAGCAGACCCUCACACUAACUGUGCAGUAUGCCCCACAGAAUUUCUCAAUCACUUCUACCAACAGCCUGAACAAUUCCUGGGUGAAUAUGAAGGAAGGGAUUCCUACAUCGAUCCUCUGCUCCGUCCGGAGUUUCCCAGCAUCGAACUUGAGGUGGAGACAUCUCGGUGUCACACUGAACACAACAAGUUCCAGUAAUGAACUGUGGCUGGAGUUUCCUCAGGUGACACCCCAGCAGGCUGGAGUCUAUCAGUGUGUGGCGGAGAAUGAACACGGGACAGCGGAGAGGGCCAUCACCCUCAGUGUGGAGUAUAAGCCUGAGAUUUCUCGGGACUCAGGAUGCACUCGGACCCCCGAUGUCAUCACAUGUGUGUGUGCGGCCAGAUCAAACCCACCCGGAGAGCUCACCUGGCACCUCCCCCUCGCCAACCUCAGCGGGAACCAGACGUACGGUCAUUUCCAGACGUGGCAGGUGGCAGACGGGCAACUGGUGACUGGCUCGCUGACCUUGGGUGUGGGCGAGGGAGAGGAGGAUGUGACCGCCUUCUGUACUGUCCGAAACCAGCAUGGAGAGGUCAUGUUCGCGGUGUCCCUGUGGAUGAAAGUUGAUGUUACAGGUGGGGUCUCUACUGUUUGGAUCACAGUGUUACUCACGAGCAAUGGCGUUCUCAUGCUAUUGGUUGGAUUCUUCAUCUACAAGUACAUCCAGAAGUAA